CUGUUUGCUGUUGCGUGGAAGUGAAAGGCUGAUUAUUUAGUUUACAAGCAGCAUCGCACUGAUCAUUAUUGGUUAAUCCGUCAGCAGUCCAGUAGCUCAUCAGAAAUACACUCCAGUGUCUUUAAUGAUGUUCAGAUGGAUCAUUUAGUGGGUUUUUUAUCAAUCACAAGACCUAUUUGGAGAAAGAUGCCUGUCAGCAGAGAAGUUUGAAUGUGAUGAAUGUGAUUGUUAGCUUGUGUCACACUUGACUUCACUGUGGUCCGCUCUGCUGCUCAUUUCAAACUCAAAUAAGACACGGUCACAACUUAAUGUUUGGAGAACUGUUACAUUAAAUGUGCGUUUAAUACCAAUGUUUAACGCUCAUUUAAGCGUAAGUACCGCUUUUAUUUUCGUUAUAGUUUACCAUUUUACUCUGACAUCACGGAAGCUACCAGAGGUCAAGUUUGGGGGAAUAACGACGCACUUCCUGUAGGAAAACAAAAUAAAAGCACUAAAAAAAACUUUCAUCUAAAUUUGGUUGCAAUGUUGACGUUAUUAUUGCAUUCAUAUGGUUUUAUAAUUCGGUUUGUGAUGCUUUGUAAGGCAAUUAAGUUUAUUUUUCCUUUUUCUUUAGAAUAUUAUGUAGAAAAACAGACCAACUUCCGGUCAAGAGCUAUAUUUGUGUAAACGGCUUUACAAAGAUGAUGGAAGCCUUUCAUUUCUGCUCCAUAUGAAUUCACCUGAGUGUUUCUUUCUUUCUAUAUAUACAUGUUUGUGUGUGUGUGUGUGUGUGUGUGUGUAUGUAUAUAUAUAUGUGUGUGCGUGUGUGUUUCUGUAUGUGUAUGUAUAUACAGUGGGGAGAACAAGUAUUUGAUACACUGCCGAUUUUGCAGGUUUUCCCACUUGAAAAGCAUGUAGAAGUCUGUUUUAUCAUAGGUACUCUUCAACUGUGAGUGAUGGAAUCUAAAAAAAAAAAAAUCCAGAAAAUCACAUUGUAUGAUUUUUAAGUAAUUAAUUUGCAUUUUAUUGCAUGACAUAAGUAUUUGAUACAUCAGAAAAACAGAACUUAAUAUUUGGUACAGAAACCUUUGUUUGCAAUUACAGAGAUCAGACGUUUCCUGUAGUUCUUGACCAGGUUUGCACACACUGCAGCAGGGAUUUUGGCCCACUCCUCCAUACAGAUCUUCUCCAGAUCCUUCAGGUUUCGGGGCUGUCGCUGGGCAAUACGGACUUUCAGCUCCCUCCAAAGAUUUUCUAUUGGGUUCAGGUCUGGAGACUGGCUAGGCCACUCCAGGACCUUGAAAUGCUUCUUACGGAGCCGCUCCUUAGUUGCCCUGGCUGUGUGUUUCGGGUCGUUGUCAUGCUGGAAGACCCAGCCACGACCCAUCUUCAAUGCUCUUACUGAGGGAAGGAGGUUGUUGGCCAAGAUCUCGCGAUACAUGGCCCCAUCCCUCCUCCCCUCAAUACGGUGCAGUCGUCCUGUCCCCUUUGCAGAAAAGCAUCCCCAAAGAAUGAUGUUUCCACCUCCAUGCUUCACGGUUGGGAUGGUGUUCUUGGGGUUGUACUCAUCCUUCUUCUUCCUCCAAACACGGCAAAUGGAGUUUAGACCAAAAAGCUCUAUUUUAGUCUCAUCAGACCACAUGACCUUCUCCCAUUCCUCCUCUGGAUCAUCCAGAUGGUCAUUGGUAAACUUCAGACGGGCCUUGACAUGCACUGGCUUGAGCAGGGGGACCUUGCGUGCGCUGCAGGAUUUUAAUCCAUGACGGCGUAGUGUGUUACUUAGGGCUGUUCGAUUUUGCCCAAAAAUAAAAUCUCGAUUUUUUUUCUCUCAAAAUCCGAUUACGAUUAUUUUGUGAAUUGACAAAAGGCAAAGAAAUGAUUUCAAAUUAGGGAUGGGCGGUAUGGAUUAAAAAAAUGUAUCACGAUAAUUUCUGGCAUUUAUCCCGAUAAUGAUAAAAAUGACGAUAAAAAAAAAUACCAAUUCAACUCCAUCUUUUUAACUAUAAAUCUAUCUCGCUCUCAGAUCCGCCAUGUUUGUUACACAAAAACGUCAUCAACGGGAAUUUAUCUUUCUUUCUUUCUUUCUUUCUUUCUAUCAGGCUCAUUUCCUUCCUUUUUCCCUUCCUUCCUUCUUCCCUUCCUCUUUUCUCCCUUCCUUCUCCCCUUUCCUUCCUUCCUUCCUUCUUUUUUCCCUUCCUUCCUUCUUUCCUUGUUUUCUUCCUUCCUUCACGUACAUUGUGUGUGGAUUUAACGCAGAACCAUAAAUCCGGCUUUACACAAAAACGUCAUCAACGGGAAUUGAUCGUUUUUACCGCGAGAUGACAAAUUUUUACCGUGGGGAAUUUCUUUGACGGUUUAUCGUGAACGGUAAAAUAUCGCCCAUUCCUAUUUCAAAUAUGCUGUUUUUUUAUUGAACAUUUGACCCAUUGGGCUUUAAGUGCAAACUUUGCUCUUAUUAAACCAAAAAUGAAUGAAUAAAGUGCAAAACUCUGUAAAAUAAGUUGAAAAAAAGUUUUAAAAAAUAUAAAAAAAUAUAAAGUUUUAUCUCUAAAAAAAAAAAUCAGCAAAUCAGCAGUUGCAAACAUACAGUAAGUUAUAUUUCCAGUUAAAUAAAACAAGACAUUUUCUAAUUAAACUAAACUGCGUCUUUGCUUGCUAAAUAAUAAUGCAACCCAUGAAGGAGGUAGAGGUGUGUAAUGUCAGUCAUUACAUUUGCUAUUCACAUUUGCAAGUUUUUUGCAAGGAACACGAGCCGGUCUACCACAUCUGGCUUGAGGGAUGCCCGGUGGCAUGUUACAACGCCCCCUCCUACACUAAAGAGCCUCUCCGAUUCGAUCAUUAAUAUGUGUGCAGACAAGGUAAAAAAAAAAGAAGAAGAAAAAAAAAGUGAAAAAUCGAUUUUACGAUUUUCACGUUUUAACAUCGUUCUAAUUACAUAAUCGCGAUUACGAUUUAAAAACGAUUAAUUGAACAGCCCUAGUGUUACUAAUGGUUUUCUUUGAGACUGUGGUCCCAGCUCUCUUCAGGUCAUUGACCAGGUCCUGCCGUGUAGUUCUGGGCUGAUCCCUCACCUUCCUCAUGAUCAUUGAAGCCCCACCAGCCUGCCAUGCCCGCCCAGCCCCCUGUGAGGGAGCCGGAGGAGGAGAUGGAAGCUAAAGGAGAGUCACAGCUCCCUGAGGCCAACGGGCAGGUGGAGGACCCAAAAGAGAAGGAAAGAACAGGGGGUGGGGGAGGAGAGGAGAUGAUGGAGGAGAGUAUGGAGGAGAGGGACAGUGACUUGGACGACAGUGAAGAGGAGGAAGAAGAAGAAGAAGAGGAGGAGGAAGAAGAAGAGAGUUCAGAGAUGGAUGAUGAAGACUGCGAGCGGAGGAGGGGAGAAUGUCUAGACGAGAUGAUGGAUCUGGAGAAACAGUUUCAGGACCUGAAAGAGAAGCUGUUUCGGGAGCGCCUGAGUCAGGUGAAGGUGAAGCUGGACGAGGUGCUGACGGGGAAGGCUGGAGAAUACAGAGAACCGCUGGCUGCACUACAGAGCAACAUGCAGAUACGAACGCAAGUAGCUGGAGUGUACAGAGAAUUGUGUCUGCAGGUGAUCAAACACAAGCAUGAAUGUGAAGUGCAAGGAGCAAAGCAGCAUCUGGAGAGUGAGCGGACGUUGCUGCUUGAUGCCAUGAAGUCGGAGCUCCUUGAAAAGAUAAGGAGACUGGAGGAGGAUAGGCAGAACGUAGACCUCACUUCAGAAUGGAGUGAUGAAAUGAGAGGCAAGAAGUGUAAAAGAAAGACCAUUCUGGGUCAUUCAGAGAGAAAGAAGAAAGUAGCUUUGGUUUCAGGCCCUUUCAUCGUCUACAUGUUGAGAGACAUCGACAUCCUCGAAGACUGGACUGCCAUCAAGAAGGCAAAAUCAGCACUGUCACCAUUAAAAAAGAAAGCAGAGAAGCGGUGAUGACGGGAGGAUCCACGCAGGAAAAAAAAAAAACACUUACCAACUUUGCAGUUCCUACUUCUACUCACAGUUCAGGUUUCGUCUUUGACUGAAACUCAACAGACUAUUGAGGAUUAUUUUAUUUUAGUUUUUUGUAGCGCCUUGAACCCCCCCACUCCCCGACACCCUGUUGCUUAUUUGUUGCUAUUUAAAAUACAUUCUUAAUGAUAUGACAACCGUGUAUUUAUAGAAUGAUUUAUAAUGCUAAUUAAAGUUUUUAUCUUUUAUGAUACAA